AAACAUAUUUAUUCUCCUUCAGCAGCUUGACCCACUGUAAGCAUUAAUAUUAUAAAAUUUUAGGCUGGAAUACAACAACAGACAUUACUUAUACAAAUUGAAUUGCACAGAAGCUAGACUGAACUAUGUCAGAAUUUAUUUUCUAUGUUUAAGGCUAUUACCUCAUAAUUUGCAUCACAGAUUUGUUUAAUCCUUUACUGCACAUAGUUAUGUAUUGUAUGGUAGUUUUGGAAGUAGUCUGUAACACUCUGAUACUAACAGACACAAGACAUAACCCCCUUUCUCAGGAAUGUGGAUAGGGGUUGUGAUACCUUCUAGACAACAGGGCCAUAACUUCUGGUGCUAGGAAAUGGUCUUCUACUCCUUUCCCCUUCUCUGACUCUACAGACUUGACUGGAGGACAAGAGGUGGUUGCCACGGUGAUGUGAGAAGGGUCAUCUCCAUAUAGGGAGAUGUCCGAAAGGUGCUGAAGAUGAAACCUGAGACAGACAUUGGGUCUGAAGGCUUUCCUUCAACUGCUGACCAAUCAUGUUAACAUUCUGUUUUUAUCACAUGGAAUAAAAGUGUUUACUGCCUGGGUGCGGCCGGCAGCCUUUGUCUGCGAGCCAGAGAGACGGAGGUCUAUUGCACCAUAUAAAACUAAUCUGAAAUUCUAACCGUUUGAUAAGAAAUUGUGAAAUUUGAGCAUAUUUUUCUUCUCUCAUGAAAAAAACCCAACAAAUUGGCGCAUCAACACGGGCCUUGAUUGGAUAGAAGAGAAGGGGACCAUUGCAUCUGGGAAUCUGGAUUGGUGGUGAGAGUUGAGCCUCGGUCUGGUCAAAGCACUGAACUGGUUGAACCGAAGUAACUGAACACUUAGAUGGGGUCAGAUCGAGCCUUGGCUUUCUUCCUGUUUUUUUCAGCAACUCUGACUUCCUCAUGUGAUGGUGGAAAAGUGCUAGUGUUUCCAGUAGAUGGAAGCCACUGGCUUAACAUGAAAGUCCUUGUGGAGGCUCUUCAUUCUCAAGGUCAUCAAAUCACUGUGCUACGUUCAUCCACCAGCUGGUACAUUUCUGAAUUCUCACCUUAUUACACCUCCAUCACGAUCAUCCAGGAACAGUCCCAGCCCAUUGAGAGUCAAAACUUCAUGAGCUCGUUUUUGAAGAGGUCAAUGGAAAUUAAUAAGAAUGACGGCUCACUCUGGGCAUUUUUUGAGUUAUACUGGAAUUUCUUUAACUUUUUAGUACAAAACCAGCAAGUUGUGGCAAAUUUUACUUCCAGCAUCUUUGAGAAUACGACGCUGAUUGGGGACCUAAACAAAACUGGAUAUGAUCUUUUUCUGACUGAUCCUACAUUUCUAGGUGGUGUGCUGUUAGCACAUUAUCUCCAGCUGCCUUUGGUUUACAAUGUGCGCUGGCUUUUUAGUGGAGAAGCACACCUUGCCGUCGCUCCUUCUCCAGUGUCCUACAUCCCCAUAUGCUUCUCCCAUAACUCUGACAAAAUGGAUUUUUUUCAAAGAAUCAGAAAUAUGAUCCAUUACAUCAUGGUUCUUUACAGGGACUACUAUGUCUCCAGACCACCAUACCAGGCCUUGUGUGAUCGUUAUUUUGGAAAUAAUGUUAAUGUCAUGUCUCUAACCCAAAAGGCUGACCUCUGGCUCAUGCGGGUUGACUUUACAUUUGAGUUCCCUCGUCCCACCAUGCCCAAUGUCAUCUACGUCGGUGGCUUCCAAAGUAAGCCUUCAAAGCCUCUCUCAUCAGAGUUUGAGGAAUUCGUCCAGAGUUCUGGUGAACAUGGGGUGAUCGUCAUGACAUUGGGGACUCUGCUGAGUGACCUUGGAUCUGAAUUAACAGAGAGCUUUGCCUCAGCAUUUGCCAGCCUCCCUCAGAAGGUUGUGUGGAGACAUGUUGGGAAAAGACCAGCCACUCUGGGAAACAACACCAUGCUGGUUGAAUGGCUGCCUCAAAAUGAUCUACUAGGCCACCCUAAAACCAAAGUUUUUGUCACACAUGGGGGCACCAAUGGCCUGUACGAAGCCAUUUACCAUGGUGUGCCAGUUCUGGGCAUUCCUCUCAUUUUUGACCAGCAUGACAACGUGGUGCAUUUGAAGGCCCGGGGAGUGGCUGAAAUGCUUGAUGUGACAAAAUUGAAUGCUGAUUCUCUGACAAGUGCGCUGAAGAAUAUUUUGGACCCAGAAAAGCCCUACAAAAAGAAUAUGCUCGAAUUGUCACAACUUCAUCAUGAUCAGCCCAUGAAGCCUCUUGAUACUGCUGUUUUCUGGAUGGAAUAUGUCAUGAGGCACAAGGGUGCAGCACAUCUGCGCACUGAGUCAUACAACCUGCCGUGGUAUGCCUAUCAUUGUCUAGAUGUGAUAGCAGUCCUUGUAGCAUUUGUUGUUUUGUUAAUCAGUAUAUUCAUUUGGGUUUCCUGUAAAUGUCUAUUUACAUGUGUCAUGAAGACCAAGAAGUCCAAGCGUGAAUAGAUGACGUGACAAUAAAUAAACUUUGUCAUGUCACAACAGUUUAAAUAUACAAUGAAACUGAAUAAAAAUCAUACAUACUGUCCAAGAGUCUGUAGGACAGUUUUCCUCCACAACUUGAAGCUUCUUGUCCUGUGGUUACAGUGUCAUCCUAUUCAUGACCACAAGAUUUUCAGCAAAUGAUUCCAAAUUGCAAUUGUAUAGUCCUGUGAUUUAGCCCCAAACACUACUGCUCAAUGACUAUUAGUAAUGAGAAGCAUUUGGGAAGAUGGUCUGUAUCUUUUAAUUGUUGGGUGAAAUUAUGUCCUCUCAUCAACUUCAACCCAAAUACUCCAAUAUAAUUGAAGACCUUGGGACCACAAUCAGAAAGGAUACAGGGAUGCACCCCCUCUCCCCCCCUAAAUGUAUACCUUGCUACAGCUCUGAAAAAGUGUAACUAGAUAACGUGAUCAUAAAUAAACUUUGUCAGUGUAACAACAGUUUAAAUAUACAAUGAAACUGAAUAAAAGUCAUACAUACUUUCCAAGA